GCGAAACUCGGACUGAGCAUCGGUGCCGUCUUGCCUGACAUGCGAGUCCAAAGCACAGUGAGGGAGUAGCGCAGCCUUGUAAAAAAAAAAAAAGAGCAGCCUCACUCCUCGUUCAUUUCUUUCCAUUCAGCCCUCCCUUUCCCAUCUUUUCUUUCCUUCUUCUUCUUAUUUUGAAUUACUCGCGGAGGCUCGGCCGUCUCUUUGCGAUCACUUGUGACAUCUUCGCCGGGGAGACGAUGCCUCUGAGGACGGGACUUUUCCUCCUGAUGCUGCUCAACGCAUCUGCAUACGAGCUGGAUCAAAACGAGUCCUAUCCGUCCAGGAGAGCACGCUUCUCGGCUAACAGCCCUUCAGAUGUGGCGCGCUGUCUCAACGGUGCCCUCCAAGUUGGCUGCGGGGCCUUCGCCUGCCUGGAAAACUCAACGUGCGACACAGAUGGCAUGCAUGACAUCUGCAAGUCCUUCCUGUACAGUGCUGCUAAAUUUGACACUCAGGGUAAAGCAUUUGUGAAAGAGAGCCUUAAGUGCAUUGCCAAUGGCGUCACCUCCAAGGUGUUCCCGACCAUCCGUCGCUGCUCCACAUUCCAAAGAAUGAUAUCCGAAGUCCAAGAGGAGUGCUACAGCAAACUGGAUAUCUGCACGGUCGCCCGGACCAAUCCAGACGCUAUCGGCGAGGUGGCUCAGCUGCCGAGCCACUUCCCAAAUAGGUUCUACGGGAGGCUGCUGCAGAGCCUGAUGGACUGUGACGAGGACACGGUGCAGCGCGUCAGGGCCAGCAUGGUGUCUCGGAUGGGCCCGGAGAUGACCAUGCUUAUACAGCUCCUGCAGAACAAACCGUGCGCGUCCACGGCCGAGGCGGUCGCAGCGGCCGCCGCCACCCCGACCGGAGCGGAGGCUCGCGGGAACUGGCGCUGGUCCGUGGGACCCCCUAUGUACAAGAUCCAGCCUAAUCUGCGAAACAGAGACCCUGCCGGUCAUUUUGGCAAAAAGCGCUCAGCCAGUGACAGCUCCUAACUUCUUCUUUGCACUCCAGGUCUGAAUCGCUCCUCUAUUCCCUCGGGGUGAACCCAUUCAUUCCCCCACUCGUCUGGGAGUUAUACAAAUAUGCACCUCCAGGGAAUGCUGGACCGCCCCGAGAGUUGAUUCGAUUGUUGCUAUAUUGUAUAUCCGACGUUUAAGGCUUGAGAGACCCCCCCCCCCAGCCCCCCACACACCCACUCCCCUCCAUCCAUCACUCCCGCAGCCUUGUUCGCUCUUCAUCUCCUCCAGAUGAGAUGAAUCCUUAAAAAGGUCUUGAUGCCAAGUACAAAAAAAAAGAAGAAAAAAAAAACAGCCAUUGUGGUUUCUAUCUCUAGAGUAUAGAUUUGUCAAACUUCUAAGGGAUAAGAGACCCCCCCCUCCUUAAAAUUCCAAUGCCAUUUAAAACUAA